AUGACAGCAUUUAAUAUUGGUGGUAUGACAUUACACUCUUGUUUGGGAUUAAGGAUAUAUUUAGGCAAAUGGAAUGUGGAUGAAUUAAUAACUAGAAUAAAAAAUUCAAAUGAAUCUUAUGAAAGAUGGAAAGAAAUUGAAAUUUUGUUGAUUGAUGAAAAUACUGAAUUUUGGAAAUUUUAG